AUGAAAAGAACUCGCACCGGCCCUGCACUCGAUCCCAAUGCAGUAGACCAAGCUGGCCCGCCUCCUCGAUUGGAGAAGCCUCUGUUUCUCGAAACUGUUACUCAAUUGAACUCAGUAUCUCCUCCACAUUCUCCCACACAUUAUAUUCAUAGACCUUCAAAGUUUCGACGCCAAGGGUCAAAGAUUCUCUCAGUUUUACGUUCGUUAACCAACAAUAGCUCAAGUAUAGCUUUAGAGGAUGAUUAUGCACCGUUAUCACCUCCUCCCGAAUCUGUCGCUCUUGGCAAGAAAAUCUCCAUGGCCUUACUCAAAGCUCCACCCACAAUCGUUCAUCGUACACAGUUCAAGAGUAGACCUAGUUUGAUCUCUCUUGAUAAAGGUGUUCUGGAUUUCAUGCCCGAUGCUCCUACUCCUCCAUCGAGUGCAGAAUCUGCAAGCAAUAGUGGAAAAUCGUCUGGUCCUGAUGCUAAGCAAUCGACUCAAAAAACUUCCCUCGAAUCAAAAUUCUCGCAGAAAUCUGUGGGUGUCUCGCAUCACUCUUUGGAGAAUAAGAAGAUCAUGCCGAAGAAUAUGAAUCAAGCAGAGGUUAGCUCUGCGGAGGGUGCCCUGGCAUCGAUUACUGAAGGUGAUAAUGUUGAAUGUCCACAGCCAGUUCCAACUGUGAUCACCGUCGAAAAGGCAGCUUCUGCAAAAGUUUUCUUUGAAACUUAUUACAAUCAGUUUACUUCCAAAGCAAUCACACCUCGAUCUCUCCGUCGCUUAAAUCUAGAGAAUGAGCUUCUGAAUGAUAUGAUCUCUACCCCGACAGACAAAGCCGAAAGACUUCAAGCAUUGGCUACAGCAGAGACGAAUCAUCUCAGACAGAUGAGAAAUAUGAAGGUGCGCAGUACCAAUGCUUUGAAGGGUAGAGAUCAUAAAACUUCAAACUAUGAGGUGGUUAAGGUUCUUGGAAAGGGUAGUUUUGGUGUUGUGAGAUUAGUUAGAGAGAAGUGGGCUCCAGGUGCUAAGGAAUCGGAACCAAGUAAGCGUAUCUACGCUAUGAAAGUGAUCAAGAAAUCGGAUAUGCUCAGAAAUAGUCAAGAAGGUCAUCUGAGAGCUGAGCGUGACUUUCUCGUUGCUGCCGAGGGAUCUAGAUGGGUCGUUCCUUUGAUUACCAGUUUCCAAGAUCUCAACAACUUGUACCUCGGGGGAGACUUCCUUGGCCUCCUCAUUCGUGACAAUGUUCUCUCUGAGUCCGUCACAAAAUGGUAUAUUGCCGAAAUGAUCCUCUGCAUCGAAGAAGCCCAUGCUCUUCGCUGGAUCCAUCGUGAUAUUAAACCAGACAAUUUCUUAAUAUCUGCGUCUGGUCAUCUCAAGAUCUCUGAUUUCGGAUUAGCGUUUGAUGGACAUUGGUCUCAUGAUCAAGCUUACUUUCACAAUCACAGGUAUUCGCUUCUGAAUAAACUUGGAAUUACUGUUGAGGGAGAUUCUCUCGAUAAAAAGGAAGGAAGGAGUGUAGCUGCGGCGAUGAAAAUGGCUCAUGUGAUGAUGGGUGGAAAAGAGCGACAUGAGAAGAAUUCGGAUAAUGCGUCGGAAUCAGAGAGUAUUCUUAAUUGGCGCAAUCGUUUUGGAAACAGAACACUGGCGAGAUCAGUGGUAGGUACGAGUCAGUAUAUGGCGCCAGAAGUGGUGAGAGGGGAAUUGUAUGAUGCUAGAUGUGAUUGGUGGAGUGUUGCUGUUAUUCUUUAUGAGUGUCUUUACGGACAUACACCUUUCCUUGCAGAGGAAGGUGGAAGACAACAAACAAAGAUGAAUAUCCUGAAUCACAAAACCACAUUCCAAUUCCCGUCGCGUCCAUCUGUUAGCAGAAGAUGCCAAGAUCUCAUCCGCAGCAUCAUUCAAGAAAAAGACCAUCGUCUCUGCAGUCGCCGCUACAAAUCUCGAGACACAACACUCGGCUCCGUAUCCUCUCGUCGAAACCUCGAUUACGCCGGUCGUUACGUCUACCCCAAUGAUGCCGAAGAUAUCAAAGCGCAUAAAUGGUUCCGCGAUAUUCAAUGGGAUCGCAUUCAUUUGAUGCCUCCUCCUUUUAUCCCCAACAUCAAAUCAAUGGAUGAUACGCAUUAUUUUGACGAGGAAGAACCCAUUUCUGAUUUCUCGGAAAGUGUGGCGAGUGUGCAGCCGACGGUUCACCAGAUUGCUGAUGCGCUUAAACCGUUCAAUCGCGAGAUUCAAAUUCUGGCGACGGGGUUUAUAGAGAGACCGCACGAUACGGUGAGGUUGAAGAGGGUGGAGAAGGAGAUUGAUCAGUUUGCGAUGAGGAAUGAGGAUAAGGAGUAUCUCAAGAGAUUUGUGAGGACGUUUGGGAAGAAGGAGAGGAAGAGACCGAGGGAUAGGUUGUUGAGAGAUAAGGAGAUUGCGCCGAAGAUUCUGGAGUUGAGGAAGAAAGGGGCGUUUUUGGGGUAUACGUAUCGGAGGAUUGAUAUGGGGAUGGGAGCGAGUGGGAGUGGGAGUGGAAGGGGAGUGGUGGCGGCGGGAAGCUGGAGGCCGAAUGUUUGGCAUCGGGCUAGGUUGAGUGUUCAUUGA